AUGGAGCCCGUCGAAGAGCAGGAUGUUUUGCAACAAGCUCGACAACUCCUCCGUGAGGCGCCCCUGAUAGACGGCCACAAUGACUUUGCAUACAUCCUCCGAGGCUGGUUCGCUGGUACCCCGCAGAUUCAGGAACAGGGACGCUAUCGUUCAAUUCCCAUCGGCCAAACAGAUGUCGAGCGUGUCAAGAAGAGCGGCCUCGGUGGUCAGUUCUGGAGCGCUUUCGUGCCGGCGCCUCCCGAAGAACAUGAGCCGCACCUCCGCGCCUUUCUGCACACCGUUCAGCAAAUCGACUUGAUCGCUCAAGUAAUCGACUCGGCUCCAGACACCUUCGAGUUCGCCUACAGCGCCAAAUCGAUCACACGCAUCUUCGGCACGGGCAAGAUCGCCUGCCUCGUGGGGAUCGAGGGCCUGCAUCAGAUCGGUGGAAGCAUGGCUGCGCUCCGCCAACUCCACCGCCUGGGGGUGCGGUAUGCAACCCUAUGUCAUGAUACCAAUAAUGAGUUUGCAGACUCUGCCACGGCCCAACGGGCGCGGCACGGCGGCCUAUCUCCGCGCGGAUCGCAGGCCAUCCGAGAGAUGAAUCGCAUUGGAAUGAUGAUUGACCUCUCUCACACAAGCGACGACUGCCAACGACAGGUUCUGGCAUUGUCACAAAGCCCUGUGAUCUUCUCGCAUUCGUCCUGCUACGCCCUCCGCGCCCACCCUCGUAACGUCAGUGACGACGUUCUCGCUCUGCUCAAGAAGAACAAUGGGCUCAUCAUGAUCACCUUCUUGCGAGAGCUUUCCGGCAUCGACGAGCUUUCAUCUCAAACCGCAUCGUGCUCGACGGUUGUAGAUCACAUCGAGUACGCCGCCCGCUGCACCGGAUGGGAACAUGUUGGUGUGGGAUCGGACUUCGAUGGUAUGCUCGAAGGUCCCACGGGACUCGACGACGUCACGGCAUUCCCGUGUCUGAUCGCGGAAAUGCUCCGACGUGACAUCAGUCGGGACCAGAUGCAGAUGGUCAUGGGAGGCAACCUGUUGCGCGUACUGAAGGACGUGGAGGAUCAUGCUACUAGGCAGCGAAACGAUGGUGCUUCGGUGCUGCAGGAUACCGUCUUGCCGGUGUGGACGGAGGCGCAACGCGAGAUGCUGUUGGCAAAGGGAGCAGAACGAGGCCUCGUUACUUCUGACACUUCCCAGACAGUCUAA